UUACUUUCCAAAACCGUCCCUGAUCUCUUAUCAACAAAUUCAACUUUCACGAUUUCAUAUGCCGUCCCCAGCAAAUCUCCGUUCGGGUCGUUAUCUGGGAUUUUACUCCACUCCAUAGCCAAAGCUUUUUCAGUGGGUUGUUAUCCCCAAUUAUCAAGCGAUUCUAUUUUUUUUUUCCCACAAACUCGACUCUGACAGGAGUGAAAAUGGCGAAUUGUAUGGGAAUUAGGGCUUUCCCAGAGCUUAGGCCUUCGUUUUUUCGCCAAUCACCCCUUUACUCUGUGUGCCGAAGGAGCUUUUCAGUCUUUGCGUGCAGCAAUACUAAGAAAGUCGAAGAACAAUUGAUUCGUGUUCGUUUUGCUCCUUCACCUACAGGGAAUCUUCACGUUGGUGGGGCUCGAACUGCACUCUUCAAUUACUUAUUCGCUAGGUCCAAAGGAGGCAAAUUUGUUUUGAGAAUUGAGGAUACUGACUUGGAGAGGUCCACUCGGGAGUCUGAGGAGGCCAUUUUCCAGGAUCUAUCUUGGCUUGGCCUUGCUUGGGAUGAAGGCCCUGGCAUUGGUGGAGACUAUGGUCCAUAUCGACAAUCUGAAAGAAAUUCUCUGUACAAGCAGUAUGCUGAGAAGCUUUUAGAAUCUGGUCAUGUUUAUCACUGUUUUUGUUCCAAUGAGGAACUGGAGAAAAUGAAAGAAAUUGCUAAAUUAAAGCAACUGCCUCCCGUUUACACAGGAAAGUGGGCAAGCGCUACAGAUGAAGAGGUACAAGAAGAAUUAGCAAAUGGAACCCCCUAUACGUAUCGGUUUCGUGUGCCGAAGGAAGGGAGUCUAAAAAUUAGCGACCUCAUUCGAGGGGAAGUUUGCUGGAACUUGGACACACUUGGGGACUUUGUAAUUAUGAGGAGUAAUGGACAACCAGUUUAUAAUUUUUGUGUAUCUGUUGAUGAUGCUACAAUGGCAAUUUCUCAUGUUAUAAGAGCGGAGGAGCAUUUACCAAACACUCUUAGGCAAGCGCUGAUUUAUAAGGCUCUUGGAUUCCCUAUGCCUCAAUUUGCACAUGUGUCUUUAAUUCUUGCACCUGAUCGAAGUAAACUGUCUAAACGUCACGGUGCGACCUCAGUGGGUCAGUUCAGAGAGAUGGGUUACCUUCCCCAGGCAAUGGUGAACUACCUGGCACUUUUAGGUUGGGGCGAUGGCACUGAAAAUGAAUUUUUCACUCUCGAGCAACUUGUUGAAAAAUUCUCAAUGGACCGUGUCAACAAACACGGGGCUGUUUUUGAUUCAGUCAAAUUAAGGUGGAUGAAUGGUCAGCAUUUACGGGCUUUGCCAUCGGAGAAGUUUAACAAUCUUAUUGGUGAGCGGUGGAAGAGCUCAGGUAUCCUCAGAGAAUCAGAUGGACCGAUCAUAGAAGAAGCAGCUCAGUUGCUCAAAGAUGGGAUCGACUUGGUAACGGAUUCGGAUAAAGCACUCUCUAGCUUGCUGUCUUAUCCUUUACAUGAAACUCUGGCAAGUUCUGAAUGUAAGACUGUUGUAGAAGAUAAGCUUUCUGAAGUUUCAGCCAGCCUCCUUUCUGCCUAUGAGAGCGGCGAACUCCUCAAUGCACUUGAAGAAGGCCUUCCUGGCUGGCAAAAGUGGGUAAAGAGCUUUGGCAAAUCGUUGAAGCGCAAGGGAAAAUCACUUUUCAUGCCUCUAAGGGUGUUGCUAACGGGAAAACUCCACGGCCCUGAAAUGGCUGCUAGCAUAAUAUUGCUCCAUAAAGCUGGCACGUGCGGCAUUGUUGCAUCUGAAGCUGGGUUUGUUCCGUUGAGUGAAAGGUUCAAUAUGAUGAGACAAAUUGAUUGGGAAGCAUUAAGCCAGAAUCAGCAGCCCUUGGAAUCUGCUGCAGUUUUAUGAAACUGAGAAUUCACUGUUUUGACCGGCUCUAUGUAUGAAAAACUUGUUAUUAUGUUUUGUGCUUUCUGAUUUGAUGAACACAUAUAUGUAAAACAAUUUUUGAUAUUGACUCUUACGGUGCACUGUUGUGAGAUUAUUUUCUCGUCCGCAAUUAUUAUUAUUAUUUUUUGAAACAGUGGUGUGAGGAGGGGACAGGAUUCAAACCCACAUCCUCGAAUGGGUGGGUUGGUUUUUUACAUGUAACGUGAUUGUCGUUAAAUCAACCGUUCACUUGUUUGUUUAACUGUUCACUUGUUUUAUUCUUCAUAAUUAGAUGAACUGUAAUGUAA